AUGCCUCCCUCACUUAGAGUGCUUCCCAACGCUGCCAAGCGCGCGACAAAUCUCCUUCGCACCAUCCAAUACACACAUCCUCCAUCCUGUCCCUGCCAUUCGAACCCGAACCACCACCACCACCAAAAGAUCACACCACGCCCCCUCCGUUCGAGCCCCAGCGCCAGCUCUCGCAGCUAUGCCGCACCUGCCGGGCCACUCAAGGAGUAUGCCUUUGAAAUGGCCGCGUCUGCCAUUCGUUUCGGUCCUGGUAGCACCCAAGAGGUCGGCCUCGAUCUGAAGAACAUGGCCGCCGAGCGCGUCGCCGUCGUAACUGACGCCACGGUCGAUGGUCUCGUCGCCAUGCAGCAAGUCCGCGAGUCUCUCGACCGUGAAGGAAUCAACUACAAGGUCUACAACCAGUGCCGCGUCGAGCCCAAAGACUCCUCUGUGAAAGAAGCCAUCGCCUGGGCUCGCCCCUACAAUCCCUCGGCCUUCCUCGCCGUCGGUGGUGGCUCUGUCAUCGACACCGCCAAGCUGAUGAACCUCUACACCGCUUACCCUGAUGCUGACUUCCUUGACUUUGUCAAUGCUCCUCUGGGCCGCGGCCUUCCCGUAGACAAACCAUUGAAGCCCCUCAUCGCCGUUCCCACGACAGCCGGCACCGGCUCCGAGACGACUGGCACCGCCAUCUUCGACCUCGUCUCCAAACGUGCAAAGACUGGCGUCGCCCACCGCAACCUCAAACCCACCCUUGGCAUCUGUGACCCUCUCAACACGGCCACCAUGCCUGCUGCCGUCAAGGCGUCUUCUGGUCUCGACGUGCUGUGUCACGCCCUUGAGUCCUGGACUGCGAUUCCCUACACGGAGCGCACCCCCCGCCCCACGAACCCCAUCAACCGCCCGGCCUAUCAAGGCGCCAACCCUAUCAGUGACGUCUUCUCCUUCCACGCCCUUCAGCGCACCGUCAAGUACCUGCCUCGCGCCGUCCGCAAUCCCGACGAUGCAGAAGCCCAGUCUGAGAUGCUCCUCGCCGCUACCCUCGCCGGUGUUGGUUUCGGCAACGCAGGCGUCCAUCUCUGCCACGGCAUGUCCUACCCCCUCUCCGGCCAGAACCCGGCCAAGUACGUCCACGCCGGCUAUGACGUGCCCCACCCCCUCAUCCCCCACGGCGUCAGUGUCGCCGUCACAGCCCCUACUGUCUUCCGCUUCACGGGGCCCUCGAACCCCGAGCGCCACCUUGCUGCCGCAGAGGCCUUUGGCGUUGAUAUCUCACGCGUCAGGAAGGAGGACGCGGGCGCCGUGCUCGGCGAUGCGCUGGCCAAGUUCCUUGCCGAUCUGGGUGACCAGCCCGCCGGCAUCGGCGCGCUGGGAUUCAAGAGCGAGGAUAUCGACGCGCUCGUCGAGGGCACGCUGCCGCAGAGGAGGGUGCUCAUGCUUGCGCCGGGAUUAGAAGAGGAUGUGGAGAGGGAGAGGGACCAGCUGAGGACGCUGUUUGAGAAUGCCAUGACGCACUAA